ACCGCUGCGUGGCAGUCGUCAUGGUAACCGUUCGGCCACGGAGGCAGUUAAGUUAAGUUUGUAUAAGUGUUCAUCGAAAAUUGUAUAAUGGUUGUUUCAGAUGAGCGGCAAGCGUACGCGCAGCUAUAGAUGCGCGGUACAUCAGCGCGACCGCGAAGUUUGCUCCGAAAACGACUUCCAUCUGCUGCUUGAAGACCCCACAUUAUUUGCCAGGAUGGUGCACUUAGUGGCGAUGGAGGUGCUUCCUGAGGAGCGGGAGCGAAAAUACUACCAAGAGAGGUAUACCUGCUGCCCACCACCGCUCUUCAUUAUCUGUGUCACUUUACUAGAGCUGGGCGUGUUCGCAUGGUAUGCUUGGGGUUCAGGCGGAGUAGCGGCGACGGCAGGUCCCGUGCCCGUGGACUCGCCGCUCGUCUACCGGCCCGAUCGGCGGAAGGAGCUCUGGCGGUUCCUCACCUACAGUGUUGUGCACGCCGGCUGGCUGCACCUCGCCUUCAACCUGCUCGUGCAACUUGCAGUGGGUCUACCUCUAGAGAUGGUUCACGGUGCUCUACGCUGCGGCGCGGUGUACCUCGCAGGAGUUCUGGGAGGCUCUCUUGCAGCGUCAGUGCUCGACCCUGACGUUUGCCUUGCGGGUGCUUCAGGCGGCGUGUACGCGUUACUAGCCGCGCAUCUCGCCAACGCACUGCUCAACUUCCACGCGAUGCGAUAUGGCGCCGUGAGAUUAGUCGCGGCACUGGCCGUCGCGUCGUGCGACGUCGGCUUCGCUGUGCACGCGAGAUAUACUAAGGAAGCGCCGCCGGUAUCAUACGCAGCACACGUAGCGGGCGCAUUAGCGGGACUGACCAUCGGGCUGUUAGUGCUGAAGCACGCACAGCAGCGGCUGUGGGAGCGGCUUCUUUGGUGGGCGGCGCUGGGUGCUUACGCAGCCUGCACGUUAUUCGCCGUGCUGUACAACGUAUUCAGCAUGCCAGUCGACGAACUGCACUACAUGCCCCCCGACCCGCCGCCUGACGUCGCCGGCUUCUGACCGCCCCGCCGCACCAAGCGCCAUAUUGCCCGGCCGGAUUAAGCUACGAAGCGACACUAUUCUGCCAUGAAAGAUAACUUGUAUGAAUUGUAAUUACAAUAUCCCAAAGGAAUAGUGUUACUUCUAAAAUCAAUAUUAUUUUUUUGUCGAUUUAUUUUCGAUAGCCUAGUCCGGUCAGCUGGACGGCACACUCACAACACGCCUAGUCAAUUUACCUUAGUGUGAUUCGCGAUAAGUAGCGUUAUAAUUUGAGGAGGCUCGUCUUGCUCCAACGUUUAUACACGUGAAUUUGUACGUUCAAUCUAAGAUGUGUUAAUUCAGUAACAAUACCUAUGAUAUAACCCCGAGGAAACUACAUUCUAAACGUAAACGCGUAACUUAAUAGGCUAUUUGGAGCUAUUAAGUUCUCUUGCAAAUGGAUACUCAAACGUGAGAUUUCUAAAUGAUAUUCUGUUCAUCAAGGUAUAUCAACCUCAGUGUUAUAUGUGUAUAUAAUGAGGUUGUCAUUUUUUGUUUGCAGCGACCUCCUCGCUAUACUUAAUUGUUAAGUAGUCUUAAUUAUAUUGGAUAGGCGAAUUAUUUUUGUACCUAAUCAGCGUCCGUAGUUAUAGGAGGAAGGCGUUACCGCGACACAUCACUUUGUCCCGUGCAUACCGAUCACCACACUAAAUGCUCUACUAAACAAAAUAAAACCUCUUUAUUCCAUAUUCAAUAUACCUCUACAGCAGAGUAUUUGGUCGAGGUGUUCGGCUUAAUUAUACCCAGCACACCAAAGAUUAGGUUAAAAUAGCACCCUAGUGUGGAACAGUGAUUUCCAUAAACUUUUUGAGCUUUGAAACUGAUUUUAUUGUGAUUAGAAUUUAACUUCAACUUUGCUCACCCAAACUGAAUAUGCCUCAAUUGUUUUAAUUAAACGUGAAGUGAAAUAAAGUUUGGAAUAAGCAUAUUGUUAUUGCUCAAUUGCAACUGUUUUUUUAAUCCAUGAUGAUUAUGCUCAAAAGCGAGUUUUAUUAUUUUAUUGAAUCAAUUGAUUAUUAUUAUUAUACUCUUCUAUUACAGCACGUAAGAGAGUUUGUCCAUUUCGUCCUAAACUUCGGCAUUUUAGAGAACAAUUUCUCAAGACUCAUUAGUGUAGUUUUAAUAUUUAUAAUGUGCCUGAUUCCUAUUAUUAUAAAUUUGAU